AUGUUCAAUCUCCCGAGGCCAAUGAAGCUUCUACACUUGACUUGCCUCAAAGGUUUCUCAAAUACGUGCCAGGAGUGCUAUAUGCACCAUGUAACAGUGCCCGGACAAGCGAGUGGACAAGCGAACUGGAUGCCACUUAUUGCCUGUAUACGUACAUGUAAAGUAAGGCACAACCAGCCCGUUCUGCGCUGA